CAGAAAAGAAUUAUCAUAUCACUGAACAAGAGGCUUUAGCAGUAGUAUGGGCAGUUAAAUAUUUUAGGAGGUAUUUAGAGGAUAACACAUUCACUAUAUAUACUGACCACUCAGCAUUACAGUGGCUGUUAAAUCAACCUACUAAAGAAAAGGAUAGUAAAAGGAUUAUUCGUUGGAAAAUUCUGUUACAACAAUUUCAAUUUGAAGUAAAAUAUCACAAAGGAAAGGCAAACGCAAACGCUGAUACUCUCUCCAGGAUUAACGAAUUACAGGCACCAAACACAUUACAAAUAUCAACACUAGUAGUAGAUCAUGGAUAA